GCAACGCCUCUCAAACGCACAGUACGCCAUCACAGUGGCUAGAAGAAUAGGCGCAAAAAUCUAUGCAGUGCCAGAGGAUAUAACUGAGGUUAAACCUCGGAUGUUAAUGACUGUCUUUGCUUGCCUCAUGGCAAUUGACCUUGAAAAACACCAUAAGGGUAGCCUCCCUCGUCUAGUCUCAUCACCGUCUCUAACCCGCAUGAAUUCGGUGACCUUCAAUGAUCGCACGAGAUCCCCUUCAACAAGUCGAGAUGAUAGAAGUAGCUCAAAAAGUGUCUCACCCUACCGCACACCUAAUCUAUCAUCCAACAUGUCUAUUGGCCGAUCUCUAAGUCGUCCACAAAGUGCCUAUCAGCGUUUUAUUGACGAAACCACUCUUGCUGAACGUCGAGCCGUAAUGAAUAAGGUGUCAACACAAAUGGCAUCUUAUCGUGUUGAAAGUUUGAUGGUGAAGAACAUUCCACUCACUGUGGAUAUUGGAAAGAUUCAGUAUGCGGAAAAGGGUACUCAUUAUGAUCCGCCACAGAGGAGAUUUUUCGGAUCACCUCCACCUCCGAGGUCCCGCCAUGGAGAACUCUUCUCUUCACCUCGAUUAUACCGCAGUGAGAUUGCAAAAUCGGUCACAGCUUUGGAUCAAAUCGGAAAGUCAGGCUGUAAAGGAACAAGUGGAGUACCGCAAGUCUAUCAAGGUGUAAAGAAAGUUGCCGGAGCAAACACAGUUGAAAAAGGAGUUCAAUGUGAAACCACAACUUGGAGAUCAACUAUACCCUUGUCAUGGAGUAAGGAUUCCAAAGAGAGUGAUAUAUUUGCCACCUCUGUGAGAACAGUAGGAGGAAGCAUUAGAACAGCACCAAAUGGAGUUGGAAGAUAUUCUCGAAAGGAUGAGGUGACAUCACCUCAAAAACGCGGUUUCGCAGCAGCUUAUGGUGAGUAUGCCAGCAAAACGGUUCAGGCGAAUCGUAUUGGAGAGAGUUCAGGAGUUCGUAGGGGUGGCGGAGGAAGGGUUUUCAUGGCUGCUGAUAUUCAUGGUAAUUAUUGA